UCAUGCUGGUACCCCAUCUUUUGGACGCUAAGGUUCAGAGUGGGGAAUUAUACCAUGACAGCAGCUGUGGGGGGUUCUUCAGUAAUGCAGCUCUGUGACUUAUGAUCUGUAGAAGCCCCUCAAGCUCAGAAUCUGCAAUGAUUCCUGCUUAUCUGAAGAGUCCAAACCAAAGAAGAAAAAGCAACAGAAUGGGACUGUGUUGAGUAUUCAGUGAUUCUUUGAUGCCAGCCCUGACGUUGGGGCAACUGCUUCAUUUACAUAACUCUUGCCUGUAGUGGUCUUGCAUAAUCAGAGUCUCUUGACAAGGAUCAACAAGAGUCCUGCUUCUGGGACUGUGCUCUUCAUCGUGAGGGAGUGGGCAGCCUCUGAGUGUGGGAAGGGGAGAGGAGUUGCAUUUCUUCUUUGGCAGUGGUUAAAUUAAUCUUGCAUGGACCAUUGUGACAGAGAUGCCUGGGGAAUAAUAGGUGUCUUAUUCUCAAUAGCAACAGUCUCAAAGUCAGACUAGUUUUGUAACAAAGUUGCUUUAGGAGGUAUUUCACCAGUGGAUGGAGAGGCUUGAGUAGUGGCUUGCUGCUCUCAAAAAUCAAAUGUCUAAUCUGUAAUUUUUUAUAUGAUUACCGUAUUGUUCAGAAUUAAAAUAGAGGAUCAUCUGCUCCUGAAAGGUGCUGGCUUCAGCAGGAGUUCUGAGCUUCUAGCGCCUUGUGUAGUCAGGCCUGUGAAAAGAUAUUUUUGUAUUUUUGUAUCUAGUCUGUUUGAAAGUAAUCCAUUGCUAUUGAGUGUCACCUCACAGUACCUGCAUUUCAGUGGAGUGUGAAAUAACUCAGUAUGUCUGUACAAUUGCUUAGUAAGUUUGUAGCGUGCAUUGAAAUUCCCUUUUGUUGAAAAGUGCUGUUUAAAAGAAAGUUCAUUUUUAUAAUAUGUUUUUAAAAAAGUUUUAGUGUAUAAAUAUCAGGUGGCUUGAGGUAAUAUUAUAGGGAAAUCAAUGCUGAAGGCUAACGUUUUACUUAGUGGUCUAAGAGGUCAGAAGUAUGCUCAGCUUCUCUUUUUCUUCUAACACAGCACAUUGCUCUUUCUUUGAGGAGAGCACCUGUUAGUUGUAUGUCAGAGCUGAAAAUUAGUGAAGAGAUGUAUGUGACUGAAAUAAAUGUGCAAAUCUAAUGCCUUGCCCACGCUUAAAAGGAUUUGUGAGUAGAGCUCCGUAGCGAGGCUCCCUGCUGCACCUGAGAGGGCUGAGCUGCUGCCGCUGCCAAUGUGGGCGGAGCCACCACAGCCAGUCCCGCCCCCUGGAAGUCAAGAGGCGGGACAGAAAGUAUAAAAGCCCAGCCCUGGCGCACACUCGGAGGCCGGUCGCCGAAGAGAACAGAUGCGGGUGGCUGAGCUCCCGCCCGGCCUGAGCUUCCCCGUGCCCGGUAUCCUGAGGAGCCCAUGGUCUGGGACCCACUGGAAGACGCCGACUAGACACAGGUUCCCAUCUAUGAAGUUGAGGCUUGGUUAGUGUUGGGAAAGCGUUCACUUCUACAGCACCUUUCAUCUGAGGAACGGGAAGUGGGAUUAUUAGUAACACCUGGUGUCUGAGUGUGUGCAUGUUCUUCUUCUAACAACCAACAACUUGGGCUGGCUUUCUCACAAAGAAAUUUGAAUCAUUUUAAGUUUCCUGCAUAUUCUUCAAGGCAAACCACACAGCUAAAAGGCUAAGCUUCCUAUUCUGCAUACGGUGCCUUUGCUGAAGUGCUGCACAUGGUGGACCUGAGAAAACCCCAGGACACAUUCCGGGAUGGCAGCUAGGUGACGACAGCUGAGGAUGACCCUGACUGAAAAGCUGCGCGAGAAGAUAUCGCGGGCGUUCUACAACCACGGGCUGCUGUGUGCUUCAUACCCCAUUCCCAUCAUCCUCUUCACUGGCCUCUGUAUCCUGGCCUGCUGCUACCCACUGCUUAAGCUCCCCUUACCUGGAACGGGCCCUGUGGAGUACAGCACCCUGGUGAAGGAUUACUCACCACCGUCUUCAGAGCCAGGCCACCAGCAAGGAGAUCCUAGUGAGAGACCUGAUUGGUACCUGGGUGCUCCCGUGGCCUACAUCCAGCAGAUCUUGGUGAAAGCCACGGUCUCGCCAUGGCACAAGAACUUCCUCGCUGUGGAUGUGUUCCGCUCGCCGCUCUCCCGCGUCUUCCAGCUAGUGGAGGAGAUCAGAAACCACGCCCUGAGAGACAGUUCUGGGAUCAGAAGUUUGGAGGAAGUCUGCCUUCAGGUGACAGACCUCCUGCCCAGCUUAAAGAAGCUGCGAGACCUGCUACCUGAACAUGGCUGCCUCCUGCUGUCUCCAGGGAACUUCUGGCAGAAUGACCGAGAGCGCUUUAACUCCGACCCUGAUAUCAUCAAAACUGUCCACCAGCACGAACCAAAGACACUGCAGACAUCGGCUACCCUCAAAGAUCUCUUAUUCGGCGUCCCGGGGAAAUACAGCGGCGUGAACCUGUACAACAGGAAGCGGGUGGUAUCCUACACUGUCACUCUAGCUCUCCAGCGAUAUGAUUCCAGGUUCCUCACCAGCCUCCGCUCCCGGCUGAAGCUGCUGCACCCUAGCCUCAACUGCACCCUGCGGGAGGAGCACAUCGUUCAUGUCCACUUCAAGGAAGAGAUUGGCGUUGCUGAGCUGAUCCCCCUCGUCACCACCUACAUCAUCCUCUUCGCUUACAUCUAUUUCUCCACACGGAAGAUUGACAUGGUGAAGUCAAAAUGGGGUUUGGCCCUGGCAGCAGUUGUAACGGUGCUCAGUUCUCUGCUCAUGUCGGUGGGUCUGUGCACGCUGUUUGGCCUGACGCCUACUCUCAACGGAGGGGAGAUUUUUCCGUACCUGGUGGUGGUGAUUGGCCUGGAGAAUGUGCUGGUUCUUACCAAAUCGGUCGUCUCCACGCCCGUCGACCUGGAAGUGAAACUGAGGAUCGCACAAGGCUUGAGCAAUGAGAGCUGGUCUAUUAUGAAGAACAUGGCUACAGAGCUUGGGAUCAUCCUGAUUGGUUAUUUCACGCUUGUCCCGGCCAUCCAGGAGUUUUGCCUCUUUGCUGUGGUUGGCCUGGUGUCCGACUUCUUCUUACAGAUGUUUUUCUUCACCACCGUGCUGUCCAUUGACAUUCGCCGGAUGGAGGACCUAGUCUCUGCUGCUCUAAUCCAUGUGCUCUCCUGUUGGCAGCUCGCUGACCUGAACAAACGGCUGCCAGCAGAAGCCUGCAUGCCCCCAGCAAAGCCAGUGAGCCGCUCCCAGAGAUACGAGCGCCAGCCAGCCAUGCGGCCAGCCACCCAGCACACCAUUACCCUGCAGCCGUCAUCCUUCAGGAAUCUGCGCCUGCCCAAGAGGCUGCGGGUCAUCUACUUUUUUGCCAGGACCCGGCUGGCCCAGCGGCUCAUCAUGGCUGGAACGGUGAUUUGGAUUGGAAUCCUGGUGUACACAGAUCCCGCUGGCCUCCGCACCUACCUCACGUCGCAGGUCACAGAGCAGAGCCCGCUAGGAGAAGCAGGACUGCCUCCCAUGCCAGUUCCUGGAGGGGUCCUUCCGGCUGGGGAUGCCAAGCUCUCCUUCUCGGUCUUCCCCUCGGAACCCGUGCAGCUGUCAGAGAACCAGACGCAGCAGCAGCGCGAGCAGAAGGAAGGGCUAGAGUCCCGGAAUGGGCUGGAGGCAAAUCAGCAGCCGUGGGCCCAGGGACCGGAGAACCAAGGCAGUGGGCAGCCAGAGCCUGGCACCAAGGCAGAGGUCACAUGGGGUGUGGAGGAUGAGGAGAUCUGGAGGAAGCUCUCCUUCCGACACUGGCCAUCCCUCUUCAGCUACUACAACAUCACCCUGGCCAAAAGGUACAUCAGCAUCCUCCCAGCCAUCCCUGUCACCUUGUACCUGAAUCCACGAGAAGCCUUAGAAGUGCGCCACCCUCAGGAGGCUAAUCGCUACCACUCUUUCUUGCCUUUGAGCCUCGGGAAAUUGGAGGCGGUGGAUCGGCCUGGUGAGGCCUUGCCCAAACUGCAGGGACACCGGGACGUCACGCUCUACAAGGUAGCUGCUCUGGGCCUGGCCUCUGGCAUCCUCCUGGUUCUUCUGCUCUUCUGCCUGUACAGAGUGUUCUGCCCCAAAAACUAUGGGCAGAACGGGCUCUCGCACAGCCGGAGGAAGAGAGGGGACCUGCCCUGUGACGACUAUGGCUAUUCCCCACCUGAGACCGAGAUCGUCCCCCUGGUCCUCAGGGGUCACCUCAUGGAUAUCGAGUGCCUGGCCAGUGACGGGAUGCUGCUCGUCAGCUGCUGCCUGGUGGGUCAGAUCCGAGUGUGGGAUGCUCAGACCGGAGACUGCCUUACUGUCAUCCCCAAACAAGGGUUGCGCAGAGACAGCAGCGGCAUCUUUGAUUACCAGGAGAGCUGGGAUCACAGCCCAGACCCCAAGAAUGGGCUGGAAGAUCCCUUCGACGACAGCCACCUACUCAAGAGGAUGCUGAGCCCCCCGCAGCCCCCUCUGUUCUGCAACCAGCCGGACCUCACCUCUCUCAUCGACACCAACUUCUUGGAGCAGGCCAAGGUGGUGGAUCCAGAGCCCAGGCACCGUGCAGUCUGCGGUCGGCACAAGGACACUGGCUACAACUUCGGCAGACUGGUAGAGAAGGUCUAUGAGGAGCAGAGCGCUUCGAACUGCAUGAACGUCGCCGGCUUCCCGGCCACACACGGGCAGGUGGUUUCCUGCACUAGGACGGGCAGCACCAGGCCCCUGAACUGCGGGACUGGGGAAGGAGGGUGCAGCACCCGCAGGAAGAGCCCAGGGGACGAGCCUUUGGCUGGUUUUGAAAAGUCCUCCCCUGUCUCUGCCUGGGCCAGUGAUUUGGAAAGCUCUGUCUGGAGCCUGGAUCUGCGGGGCAACCUCAUUGUGGCUGGCCGGAGCAACGGGAAGCUGGAGGUGUGGGAUGCCAUCGAGGGGACCUUAUGGUGCAGUAACGAGGAGAGUCAGUCCGGAAUCACAGCACUCGUCUUCCUGAACAACAGGAUUGUGGCUGCCAGGCUGAACGGCUCCUUGGAUUUCUUCUCUUUAGAAACCCACUCAUCCUACAACCACCUGCAGUUCCGAGGAACCCCUAGCAGGAGCAGCAUCCCAUCCUCCCCUGUGUGCAGCAGCAAUGACCUCAUCGUAUGCCAGCUGACCCACACGGUGCCCUGUGCCCAUCAGAAGCCAAUCACGGCACUGAAAGCUGCGGCUGGGCGGCUGGUGACAGGCAGCCAGGACCACACUCUGAAAGUGUAUCGGCUGGAAGAUUCCUGCUGCUUGUUUACACUGCAGGGUCACUCAGGAGCAAUCACAGCUGUGUACAUAGACCAGGCGAUGGGGCUAGCGAGUGGGGGCCAGGAUGGCGCCAUCUGCCUUUGGGACGUGCUGACAGGAAGCAGGGUCAGUCACAUGUACGCCCACCGCGGGGACGUCACCUCGCUGACCUGCACUACCUCCUGCGUGAUCAGCAGUGGCUUGGAUGAUGUGAUCAGCAUCUGGGACCGAAGCUCCGGGAUCAAACUCUAUUCCAUCCAGCAGGACCUGGGGUGCGGGGCCAGCCUGGGGGUGAUCUCUGAUAACCUGCUGGUGACGGGAGGCCAGGGCUGCGUCUCCUUCUGGGACAUCGGCUACGGCGACCUGCUGCAGACCGUCUACUUGGGGAAGAGCAACGAGUCACAGCCGGCCCGGCAGAUCCUGGUGCUGGAGAACGCGGCCAUCGUCUGCAACUUCGGCAGCGAGCUCAGCCUGGUCUACGUGCCCUCAGUGCUGGAGAAACUGGACUGAACGGGCAGAGCUGGGCCCUGCGGGUCACCAUAUCUGAGUUCUGAUUGGACAGCUCCUGGGGUAGGAGGACAGGGCAGGAGCUCCAGGGGGGUUCCCAGGAGAGCCCCUGCUUCUCCUUCCCUUCCUCCCUCUCCCCAGCUCCUUGGAUCCCAGGUGCUGCCCCUGCAGCUGCCUGGGUGGGGCUGAGCCCUGCUCUGCCUGUGUCCCCCUCCCAGACACCCCCCACCCUGCUCUUGCUCCACAGGUCAGUUCCUCCUUUGGGGCUGCGGCUGAGCUCCGUGGGGACGGGACCCAGCUCAUGGGUCUGCAGUCCGGGAACGCAUGUCUGCUGCAGGGCACUGAGUGCCAGCGGCCCGGCACACCCUGGGCUGGGCUGCACAGCAGGUGGCCAGAAACUCGAGGAGCAGCCAGUGGGAUGGGGCUGAACAGAGCCUGGUCGGUGCCAUGCCGUGGGCUUGGGGGCCCAGUGCCCAUGGGGCAGUGACGAUAGAUGGGGGAACGCCCGCUAGAGCUGGGGAGGAGGCUGCAGGUGGGGCAGGGCAGGGCGAGGCCUAGUGGUCUGUUUGCAGGAUGAGGAGCCUGGCCCUGCUGUGUCCAACACCAGGCUUGGCUGCUGCCUCCAGCAUGGGCCUGGAGCUCUCCCUGGGAUGUUUCUGCAGCUGUGAAGCAGGCAAACCCUGCCCUGCCUCCUGGAGACUGGAGCACCUGGAGAAUGUGGCCCAGUGCUUCGGGGGGCACGGCCCAGGGUAGCCAUGGGGCCCUUCAGCGUGGGGAGAGGGAGCCUGCGCCGGCAUUGCUAGGUGUGCGAGGUGCUGUACAGACACGGGUGCCAGGCCUGGUCCCACAGGGCAGGGGCCGUGUACAUUACAGUGUCUGCCCCUGAGGCGGGCCCUGGUUCAAAUGAAAUCCUGCCCAUGGCCAGUGGGCCUUUCCUGCAGUGAAUAAGGGCAGCUUAGACCCUAGAGGGGAUGGGGCCUCACCCCCCCUUGUGUCCUGGCUGGCAUUCAAUGCCCACCACCCCUGUGCUUCCCCAGCGCUGCCUGCAAGUGCGGGCCCUGCCCAGGGAGGGGGGCUGGGGCCAGAGCCUCCAGCUGUGGUCGGGCUCCCUGGCCCGGGGGAUCCCCUGCUCACCUGGCUUGGCUGUGACAGUGUGCAGGGCUGAGGGGGGAUGUUAAUUCACUGGCUGGUGUAGCUCAAGCAGGCGCCAUUAACCAGCGCUGGCGGCUGCUUGGGGAGGGGAGGGGGGAGAUGAGCAGCGGGUGAAAGCAGAAGCUGACCCCUCGCCACCCCCUUUAUUAGCACUGGGCUCUGUCUCCCUGCCUCGGAACAAGCAGGGCGUGCUGGGCUCUGCCCACACCACCUGCCCUAUUUAUUGCUAUGCUGUAUAUAUUUAUUUAUUACGGUGGGUGAGCCAGGGGGCGACCUGCAGCCCGUGGCCAGGGCUGUUCCAAGUGCUGGCAGCUCCCUGCUCCUCUGGGGCACCAGGAACCUGACUCCAGGACAGCCUAGAGCAGAUCCAGGGGGCAGCUGAACUCUGGCUACUGGCACAGUAAAGGAGUGUGCAUUGGGCCAGGACAUGUAUGCAGAGGCUGGGAGCUGGGGCGGCUUCCCUGAGCUCUUGGACACCCCCCCCCCUCGCCGCCCAGUAAGUGGUUGGCUUUGUUGCUCUCUGCAGGAGGGUGGCUGCACCAUCGCCCCCUCCUUGGGGGCCAGCCAUGGGCAGGGCCCCUCUGUCCAGAUAUCGGCUGUAAAGCCCUCUCCGGGGAGAUGUCACUGCAAGCAUGGCUACAGGCCAGCAGCCAGCAUGUGCCGUGGGACCAAGCAGGGCUUUUCCAUCACUGCUGUUGGGGCAGUCUCCCGGCCCAAAGAGCCAGGGGACCCGGGGUUCUGGGAGCCCAACUCUGGCCUGAUCACGUCAUUGACUAAAUAAGCCUACGGCAUAAGCUGGAGAGGGCUCCUCCCCACAGCAGGGACAGUCACCACCUCUGCUCAGCACAAACCUACCUUGGGCAUGUAGCCAGGUGCCUCCAGCACCCGAGCUGGUUUCCCUGGGAAUGGGAGAAGGCACCUUCCCAGGCCACGGAGCUGCGUCCAGGGGGUCAGGCAGCAUGUCUGUCCUCAGUACCAGCACUGGGAGAGGUGGCAGAGGGGUUCCCCAGGGCCGCCUCCUGGCUUGCUCCAGUCUAGUGUCUGCUCUGGGGAAAGCCUGGCCGGUGGUGACCACAGCAUGUGACCGUUUUGCGAAGGGAAAAGGAAGCUGGAGGAGCCUGGCUUGACCAGCCCUGCGGCCAGGCCUUUGAGGCCGUUGGUCAGUAGCUGGGGGGAGCCCUACAGGCGAGGAGCCCAAAGGGUUUAUUUCACUCUACGUGACGUGCUGCUCAAGCACCUGUUCGUGUGGGAUGUAACGCUGUGCCUGUAGAGACCCACUGUAUGGCCCAGGCCUUAUAUGAGCCCUGAGGCCGAGUGCUGCUGAGACCUAACUCGACUCAGCAGUGGGGCAGGUGAGCUGAGGGCCCAGACAACGCCGUGGCUCUGGUGGGACCUGCCGUAUGGGAGCAGGCUGGCCCCUGAAAGUCCAGCCACUGCUGCAAGCAGCUUGGGGGAGGUGGGGGUUGUGGAGGGGUUUCCUGCUCCUGAGCCCGUGGGCCGUGUGCUUGUUUGCUGAUGCCCUGGCUGUGUCUGUCCUGCCUUGGGUGGCCUUAGCCCUGCUGUACGCUUUGUACUGUACAGUGGAAGCUUUUUUUGUACCAGAUUGUGUUUUAUAACCUGUACAAAGACACAUUAAACCAAACUAACCGAAACCCAGCGGCUCUGUCUGCUCUGG